UUUUCUUUUAAUUAUUAUGAAGCAGUUGCAUGCAAUAUGUCUCGUGGAGAGGGAGGUGACUCAGGUGAGAGAGGAUUGAAGCAUUUUAACUGGCGAUUCUCUAUGCAAGUGAUAGUAAAGCUUUUGCUCUCACACUUGAAUACUCGCCUUCACUUCAGGGGUUUGGUCGGUUUGACUUUCCCUGCUUCAAGUUGUUCAUAUUUGGCUUGCUAUCCAACGCUGAAGAAGUUGCAGAGAGUCUAGAGUAGAGAAGAGAGAGAGGAGUGAAGCUUUCGAAUCUAUGGGCUCGUGUUUUAGCGUUAGGAUCAAAGCUGAGAGCCCUCUUCACAAUGAUGUGAACUCCACAUAUGGAAACAAAGAAGGGAACGAUUUGAGUAGUACAAGCAGCAAGGCUUCACCUGUCUCAGUGCCUACAACUCCUCGGACAGAGGGUGAGAUCUUGCAGUCUUCCAAUUUGAGAAGCUUCUCCUUUAAUGAACUCAAAACAGCCACCAGGAACUUUCGUCCCGAUAGUGUAUUGGGUGAGGGCGGUUUUGGUUGUGUUUUUAAAGGAUGGAUCGAUGAGCGUUUAUUUACAGCUGCCAAGCCUGGGACUGGUAUGGUUAUUGCCGUGAAGAGGCUUAACCAAGAAGGUUUCCAGGGUCACCAGGAAUGGUUGGCAGAAAUAAAUUACCUGGGGCAGCUGCAUCAUCCAAAUCUAGUGAAAUUGGUUGGUUACUGCUUGGAAGAUGACCACCGGCUUCUGGUAUAUGAAUUUAUGGCCCGUGGUAGCUUGGAGAAUCAUCUUUUUAGGAGGUCUUCUUAUGUUCAACCACUUUCUUGGAGCCACCGCAUGAAGAUCGCACUAGGUGCUGCUAAGGGCAUAGCGUUUCUUCACAGUGACAAAGUGCAAGUGAUCUAUCGAGAUGUCAAAUCUUCUAACAUCCUGCUAGACAGUAACUAUAAUGUGAAACUGUCCGAUUUUGGGUUGGCCAAGGAUGGUCCAACAGGCGACAAAAGCCAUGUCUCUACAAGGGUUAUGGGGACCUAUGGGUAUGCAGCGCCCGAGUAUAUGGCUACAGGUCAUUUAACUAGCAAAAGUGACGUAUACAGUUUUGGGGUUGUUCUCCUAGAAAUAUUAUCUGGCAAACGAGCAAUGGACAAGAACAGGCCAGGUAGAGAACACAAUCUAGUUAAUUGGGCCAAGCCUUACCUUACCAGCAAACGAAAAGUUUUCGAAGUGUUUGAUGCUCGUAUCCAAGGCCAGUAUUCAUUCUCUGCAGCACUGAAAGCAGCCAACCUUGCAAAUCAAUGCUUAUCAGUAGAACCCAAGUUCAGGCCAAACAUGGUUGAGGUGGUCAGAAUAUUGGAGCAACUUCAUGAUUCGAAUGACGUCGGAUGCUCUCAAAAUGAACACCACCGAAUUUCUACUCGAAAAUCAACUGGCAGCGGUCCCAAUUCCAAACAUCGCAGGAUGAGUGCCGAUGAAGCUUGCAAUGAGAAAGCUACUUCUUAUCCCAGACCAUCUACUUCUCGCCUUCAUAUAUGAAACAAGAAAAAAGCAUUCGGCACAUGCUUUUUUAUUAUAUUUAUUCACUCCCAAAGAGGAAAAAAAAAAAAAGAAGCAGCAAGAAUAAACGGAUGGUUGAUUGGAUGAACAUCAUAUCUUGUGCUCGGCGUAUGUAUUACCGCUAUUGACUUCUGUACAGUUCUUGUUUUGUUAAUGAUUUAAAAAAAUCGUGUUAACUUUCAUA